AUGGCCGGAGACGGCAAUAACCUUCGCCAUGAAGCUCUCCUUCUUUUGCCUGGAGCGACAUUUCCUUCGUUUGCUGCCUUGAAACUCGCAUACGAACAAGCUAUAUCCACGGCCCUGUUAGCAUUAUCCAGCUGUGUGAACGGAUCAAGACGCUCUGCCAUACUGGAUAUAGCUGUUGCGGUCUCUGGCCUCUCUCUUCCGGAUGCCGAGCUGAGAACCAAAUCGUUUGAUCGCCUUCAGCGACUGCUGGCCAGUAUUUAUAGACUCGUGGGAGUCGUUGGCGUCAAGCGGUCCGUUGACCUCGAUGGCCCCGGCGGUGUUGACGCCAGGAUCUUCUUCGUGGACUGUACCCACGGGAAGCCAAUUGAAUCGCAGACUUCCGGCCCGCCUCAGAUUGGGCCUGUCGUCGACCUUGCGUCCCUGGCGGCCGCUGGACGCUCCUGGGAACACAUUUACUCUGUCGAUUCGCCUCAGGGAGACGAGUUCUUACGUGAUUUGAGGGAGGCAAUAGCGCCCAACUUGGGCAAUCAAUUGAAGAUACGGAAGUUGCCUGGCACGAGUGGCGCACGGUCACUGGCUCUGCACGUUGACAGAACCACGACGCACUCGACUCCACAUUAUUCCGUCGCCGUCGGGGGCACAUUCGACCAUCUGCAUACCGGGCACAAGCUGCUCCUCACAGCUACGGUCCUCCCUCUGGAUCCAUAUGUCGCCCAAUCUCCACAAAAACGGAGAAUCGUCACAAUCGGAAUUACGGGGGAUGAGAUGCUAGUGAACAAGAAAUACGCCGAGUUCUUAGAGUCCUGGGAAGAGCGAUGGCGGGGUGUGUGGGAAUUUCUACAGUCAGUUGUAGACUUUUCCUCUCCGUCAGACCGCAGUCAGACCAAAUUUGAGCGCAUUUCGGACCCCGGUCCAAAUGGUCAACGCGUUAUCGUCCUAGUCGGUUCCAGUUUAGAGUUCAGAUUCGUGCAGAUCGCCGACCCAUUCGGUCCGACCAUCACGGAUGAGGAUAUUACGGCUUUGGUUGUCUCCAAAGAAACUCGAUCUGGUGGGAAAUCCGUCAAUGACGAGCGCGAGAAAAAGGGCUGGGCCACGCUAGAAGUUUUCGAAGUCGAUGUUCUGGACCUGAGUGAAGCAGAGGCAGGAACGGGCGAGACGUCUGCAGAGAAUUUUGAAUCAAAGAUCAGCAGCACUGAGAUUCGAAGACGUCGUAUGAAUGUAGCAAAAGGCAGCCCAAGUCUCUGAAACAUAUGCCAACGCAUCAAUUGAUUUUUCACAUUUAAUGGAUCUCUAUCUAGCUCUUUCUUUUUUUUUUUCUUUUUUUUUUUUUUUUUUGGUUGGGAGUGGAAUCACUUCUAUUGUAUUUCGAAGCCAACCACUG